CACACAGUGCUACCAAACUUCACUUGCCGGCUCAGCUGUCGCCGGCUUGGAGAACCUGAAAGAAGCAAGCCAGUUUCUCGAUGGCCGGAGGCGGAUUCCCCGCGGCGGAGGGUGGCCGGGUGGACGACUACGGCAGCGGCGUGACGGUCUCCGUCGUGGUCACCUGCCUCAUGGCCGCCUCAUGCGGCCUCAUCUUCGGCUACGACAUUGGCGUCUCAGGUGGUGUGACGCAAAUGGAAUCGUUCCUGAGCAAGUUCUUCCCGGAAGUGGUGAGCGGGACGAAGAACGCGAGGCGCGACGCCUACUGCAAAUACGACGACCAGCUGCUCACGGCGUUCACCUCGUCGUUAUUUAUCGCCGCGACGUUGUCGUCGCUGGUGGCGAGCAGCGUGACGCGGACGGUGGGCCGCCAGGCCGUCAUGUUGAUCGGCGGCGUACUGUUCCUUGCAGGCUCCGCCUGCAACGCCGGCGCCAUCAACAUCGCCAUGCUAAUCGUGGGCCGGAUGCUGGUCGGCUUCGGAGUUGGGUUCACUGCGCAGGCGGCUCCUUUGUACCUCGCGGAGACAUCACCGGCGAGGUGGCGCGGCGCAUUCACCACGGCCUACAACAUCUUCCUCGUGUUGGGUACACUGUCCGCCACCGUCACCAACUACUUCACUAACCGCAUCCCCGGCUGGGGCUGGCGCGUGUCGCUGGGCCUCGCCGCCGUCCCUGCUGCCAUCGUCGUCCUGAGCGCUCUGUUCGUCCCGGACACUCCCAGCAGCAUGGUAUUGCGCGGCAAGCCCGACAGGGCCCCCGCGUCGCUGCAGCGCAUCCGCGGUCCGGGUGCGGACGUCGAGGCCGAGUUCAAGGACAUCGUCCGCGCCGUCGAGGAGGCGCGCCGGAACGACGAGGGUGCGUACGAGAGGCUACGCAGCAAGGGGUACCGACACUACCUGGUGAUGGUGGUGGCCAUCCCCGCGUUCUUCGACCUCACCGGCGUGAUCGUCAUCGCCGUCUUCGCACCGGUGCUGUUCCGGACGGUCGGGUUCAGCAGCCAGAGGGCCAUCUUUGGCUCCGUGAUUCUUAGCCUCGUGAACUUGACCUCGACAUCACUGUCCUCCAUCGUCAUGGACCGCUCCGGCCGCAGGUUCCUGUUCUUCACCGGUGGCGCAGCAAUGAUGGUUUGCCAGUUGGCCAUGUCUUGGAUGCUGGCUGGUCAUCUCGGGAAGCACAAUGCGGUAGUGACGAUGCCGCGGAACUACGCGCUGGGCGUGCUGGUGCUCAUGUGUCUGUACACGUUCAGCUACGGCUUGUCGUGGGGGCCGCUCAAGUGGGUCGUUCCCAGCGAGAUCUACCCCUUGGAGAUCAGGUCGGCGGGGCAGGCCAUGACCGUGUCCAUCGCGCUCUGCCUCUCCUUCGCGCAGACGCAGGUGUUCACCACCCUGCUCUGCGGCAUGAAGUAUGCGAUAUUCCUGUUCUACGCCGGCUGGGUCCUGGUCAUGACCGCGUUCAUCGCCGCGUUCCUGCCGGAGACCAAAGGCGUGCCGCUGGAGGCCAUGCAGUCCGUUUGGGCGCGGCACUGGUACUGGAGGAGGUUCGCCAGGGAUGCCAAGCAGGAGGUUCAGGUGAACUGUUUGUGAGGAGGGGAGAAUGCAGCAAGAAUAACAAGACAUAUAACUAUUCAUUAAAACGCAAUCAGCCGAUGUGUGCAGCAAGCCCGUAUUUUUCUUUCUUUCUUUACAGCUUGCUGUACUCUGGUAGUCUGAUAAAGGCUGCUGUUACCGUAGCGUUUAUCUCAGCUCGUUGUGCUAGCCUCUGGGACAGCGCGUUGUGAGAGGCAAUACAGUAAUACGAAGUACAACGUUGCAACUCGGCUGUUCACAUAAACUGUAGCGAU